GCAUUGGGUUACUGGACCGAGAAAUCUGGCGUGGCGAUUAGAUUGAGGCAAUCAAAGUACGAGAGAAGAUCCAAUUUGCACGGUAUGAAGCUGAGAAUUGGGGUCUUGCUACCGCGUAAGUUCUACAAUUUGUCUACGGAGAAUAUCGUGCUGGACGUAGAUAUGAAAGCAAAAUACGGCCGAUCCCAAUUCCUGUAUACAAUUUUGUUGCAUAUGGCUGAUCUCUAUAACUUCACCAUAGAAAUCGUGGAAGUGGAUCCGAGAAAGCGGCAGGAUAAUUCCGCGCCAAUGUUUGUCGCUUUUCAAAAAAAGACGGUGGACAUCUCCGCCAGUCCAAUCGUGAUGAAGGCGGAAAGAUUGCGAUCAGGAGAUAUUAUCGGUCCGAUAUGGCCGAUGCGAUCGUGCUUUUUAUUUCGGACGAUAUCUUCGUUGGAUAUGAAGCCAAAGCAGUUUUUGCGACCGUUAAACAUUAAGGUGUGGUAUGUGGCACUUGGCACGAUGGUAAUCGCCGCGGUCAUUCUGAUAAUAUUGAUCAGGCAACAAGAAGGCAUUCACAGCUUGUCGGAGGCCUGCAGCAUUAGUAUUCUUUUUACAAUAGGUGCUGUUUCCCAGCAAGGUUCCGUGUUCGUUCCGGUGCAUUAUGCAAGUCGCAUAGCAUUCAUACACAUCAUGCUCUUUAGCGUCUUAAUGCUAAACUACUAUUCUGCGAGCAUUGUAUCUGACAGAUUAAAGAAUAAAGGUGUAAAGAUGAACGACUCGUUAAUUAGCUUGGCGGACAGUUAUCUGAAAGUGGCGGCUGAACCAACGCCAUACGUUCGUUCUUUUCUACAGACACCUGAGAAAGAGAUACGGUACUUUAAUGCGAAACGCUGGGACAAGCUACCGGAAUCUAAGCGUUAUCUGCCAUUAGCGGAGGGCUUGGAUCGCGUGGCUAAGGGCGGCCUGGCCUAUCACACGUCGACCGAGGCUGCGUAUCCAUAUAUCGAGCGACACUUUCAUCCGCGGAUGAUAUGCGAGCUGACGGAGGUCCAUCUCUUUCAGGCGAUCCUCGCGCUUUGGGGAAGAUACAGGAGCCCAUUUACUCCGCUAUUGAGAAUCGGCUUGAUCAAGAUGUAUGACGUGGGCAUACGCAAGCGACAGCUGAAGUUCUGGUCGGCGAGGAAACCGUUUUGCCCGAGGAACUUGCUAGUGGCGGAACCGCUGUCGAUCACGGAAGCUACACCCGUUUUCGCGUUCGUUGGCGUCACCGCCACACUGUCUCUCGUGAUCUGCAUAAUAGAGAACCUCGUCUGUUGGCUACGGCCUCGAUUAUCAAUAUCUACUUUCUACGGAGGAAAACUGUAUUGUCCGACAUUCAAGAGGGAUAUACCUGUUUCGCCGGGUGAAAUAUUCUCGCGCGAAGGAGUUUUUAUUUUUUUCUACAGAAAUAUGUGUAAACUAAAAUUACAGCACGGUGCGGCGUAUUUGGCACUCUUUUUGGUUUUCUCGCGAUUCACUUGUAACGCUGAUCCGGGAGACAGCGAAUUCAUUCGCGACUAUUUCGUGAAGAAGGCAGUGCGAAACGUCGUAGGAUUUUCCUGCGGAGAUUUCACGAGUGAUUUUUAUUUCGUGAGGUCGUUAAGUAGAGCCGGUAUAUUCACGAUCAUUAGGAAACAUGAUACAAAUAUCAACUUACGACGAUUCUUGAGCACUCAUGCCUGGAGCUUAGGAGUCUUUGUGGAUUUACGUUGUCGUAAUGAAAGUGCAGUGGCCAUCUUCGCUGAGACCUCGAAGUACCGUAUGUACGACUAUUCGUAUCACUGGCUGGUCCUGGGAUCGAAGCUGAACAAGAGCACGCCGCUUUUGAACGACAGCGCUUAUGGUAUAACGACCGAUGUUGCGCUUGCGAUAAUAAACGGCACCGGUUAUGAUCUCUACGACGUGUUUAAUCAUUGUAAGUAUCGCGGAGGUAUGCUAAACGUGACGAAGCUGGGGACGUGGCGCCGAAGAGAAGGUCUCAUUAUCACGCUGACCCAACCUCUGAUCGAGAGAAGGGCUGACAUGCAUGGCAUGACGUUGAAGAUGUCGGGCGUGAUACAAUAUAGACCGAAGAAUAUGCGGUUGGAGGAUUAUAUGCACGACAUUAACACCAGAUCUUUGGACAGCAUGCACAAGUUCCUGUACGCGAUGAUAUCUCACACCGCCGAUCUCUUCAAUUUCAGUGUACACGCUUCGGAGAUAAUUUAUUGGGAUCGACACAGCGUCCACGGCUUGAUAUUUGAGAUAUUACAAACGAAUUACAUUGACUUCGGCAGUAAUCCCAGAAUUAUGGUAUCCGAGAGAUUAGAUUACGCCACUCUGAUUGGCGCGGCGUGGCCGAUUCGACCUUGCUUUUUACUGCUCUCCUCCCCGUCGAACAACAUCAAGCUCGAAAUUUUCUUUAAGCCAUUUUCGGUUUAUACUUGGUAUCUGAGCGGCGUGUUCAUCGUGUUUUUUAUGUUCGUAAUGAGAAUAAUAAUGAAUCACGAGGAAACGAGCACAGAAGAUACUCGAGUAGAGAAAUACUCCAAUGCCGUAGUCGUUACUGUCAGCAUUACCGCUCAGCAAGGCGCAAAUUUUUUUCCUGAACGUAUCCCGGGCCGUAUCGCUUUUCUGCAGAUCCUCGUGUUCAAUUGGAUCAUGUAUAACUAUUAUUCGGGCAGUAUAGUGUCGGCUCGUUUGAGCGAACCGCUUGAUAUGAUGGAAGACGACGUUACAGUUCUCGCGGAUAGUGAUCUGAGAAUCGCGGCGGAGGCUGUGCCGUAUCUGAACUACUUUCUAUAUAAACUUAGCUCGGAAUCAAGUUACUUCAGAAAGAAGCGUUGGGACCCUUUGCCGGAAUCAAAGCGGUACUUGCCUCUGGACGAGGGUAUGAAGCAGGUCAGUGAGGGCACCCUGGCCUAUCACACGGAUCCGAACACGGCGUACCCCUACGUUGAAAAGACGUUCGAGCCGCAUAAGAUCUGUGCAUUGACGGAGAUUCAUUUGUUCAAGCAGUCUGUUAUGGGUAUGUACGCCAGUCGCAACGGUCAGUUCACCGAGAUGGCGAAAAUCGGGCUAUCCAAGAUGUUCAAUACUGGAUUACGUGAUCGGCAGGUGAAAUAUUGGUCGAGCAGAAAGCCUCAAUGUACACUCGACACGUUGUCCACGAGAAGUAUAUCCAUAUAUGAGACCGCUCCGGCCUUGCUUCUACUGGUUUUCGGUGUAACCAUCGGAUCCAUAAUAUGCAUCGCCGAGAAUAUCAUAUACUAUCGAUUUAUGAGAAAAGAAAUGCUAACACGACUGAGCAGUGACGGCGGCGGCGGUGGUAGCGGCGGUGAUGGUAGCAGUGGCGGUGGUGGCAAUGACGGUGGUGGCAGCGACAACGGUGGCAACGGCGGCGGCGGUGAUGCUAACGUGGAGGAGACGGCCGGCACGAGCAAACAUAAUUUACCCGAGUGAACUGUCUCUUGGGAAGUAAAAUAUUCAUGAGUUGUU